UUGGCUAACAGAGCUCUCCGUGCAGUUCGCAUCUGGCAGUUGUCGCCGUCACAUUUGUCCAAAUAUUAAGCUAGCCUUUAAAGUCCUCCAGCCGUCGUGGUUCAAGGAUAUAAAGUUAAUGACAUUAUUAGCCUCUCGUUGCUGCGUCUGUCGAGAAUCUGUGAGCUGCCGCGAUGUUAUUAAUCAGUGAACGCGUCUAGGACAAGUGGCGUUGUCAUACGUUGUAGUUUAAUUAACGCUACUCUCACGUUAGCAGUGGCUAAUUCUCAGAGCGCACAUUAGCUGCAUUCCGGAGAAGCGGCUGAAAGCUGCGAAAACCGUCGCUCGCUAGCGGCGUACUGGCUAGCGUGUUAGCUGGCUGCGCGACACGCCUAGCGUUAAAAAAGCGAAGAAAGUCACGGCCGUGGACGGCUCUACCCGGUCGCACCUUAGCCGAGGAGCUAACGUUAGCAGCUUCAAUCAAGCUAGCUGCUACUCUGCCGAGAAUCGGCUGAUUGUUUUAGCUAACGAAGCUAACGAAACCAAACAGGAAGCUGCGCCUGGUCUUCUACGGGGGGACUGGGCUACACUGGAGCUGGCACCGUUACAUCUCCCGUCUCUAAAACCUGGCUGUUGGGCCUGACAACCAAGAAGAUGUCUGAGGGAGAGAACAGGCAGGCCUCAGACAGUGCCCAGGAAGCCAAGGCAGAGUCCAUUGCUGCUGCACCCACGGGUCAAGCGCCGUCCUCUGUGUCUCCCCCUGUCUCCAUGGUGACCCAGCCUCCAGCUACCGCUGCCACGGAGGACGAGGAAGAGGAGAGCGAGGACGAGUCUGAGAUUUUGGAGGAAAGCCCGUGUGGACGCUGGCAGAAACGCAGAGAAGAGGUGAAUCAGCGCAAUGUCCCUGGGAUCGAUAAUGCUUACUUGGCCAUGGACACUGAGGAAGGAGUCGAAGUGGUGUGGAAUGAGGUCAUGUUCUCAGAAAGGAAGAAUUUCAAACUACAGGAGGAAAAAGUCAAAGCUGUUUUUGACAAUCUGAUUCAGCUAGAGCAUUUAAACAUUGUGAAGUUCCACAAAUACUGGGCUGAUGUCAAAGAGAACAGAGCGAGGGUCAUAUUCAUCACUGAGUACAUGUCCUCGGGAAGUCUUAAACAGUUUUUGAAAAAGACAAAGAAAAACCACAAGACCAUGAAUGAAAAGGCCUGGAAGCGCUGGUGCACACAAAUACUCAGUGCGCUCAGCUACCUGCACUCAUGUGAACCUCCCAUCAUUCAUGGCAACUUAACCUGUGACACCAUCUUCAUUCAGCACAACGGCCUCAUCAAGAUCGGCUCAGUUGCUCCUGACACGAUCAAUAACCACGUCAAAACCUGCCGUGAAGAGCAGAAGAGUCUUCACUUCUUUGCUCCAGAAUAUGGAGCUGUUGCCAAUGUUACCACAGCUGUGGAUAUCUAUUCCUUUGGGAUGUGCGCCUUAGAGAUGGCUGUGUUGGAGAUCCAGAGUAACGGAGAUUCGUCUUAUGUGUCCCAAGAAGCCAUAAACAGUGCCAUUCAGUUCCUAGAGGACCCCCUGCAAAGGGAAUUUAUCCAGAAGUGUCUGGAGGUCGACCCCAGUAAGCGACCCACAGCCAAAGAGCUGCUGUUUCACCAGGCCUUGUUCGAGGUGCCAUUACUCAAGCUGCUGGCUGCACACUGCAUUGUUAGCCACCAACAUAUGAUUCCAGAAAACGCUUUAGAGGAGAUGACGAAGAACAUGGACCCUAACUUGGUGAUUGUUGAGGCCAAGGACGGAGUUCAGAUGAAGCUCUCUCAGUUUCCUGCACUGGAGCUAGACAAGUUCCUGGAAGAUGUCAGGAAUGGGAUCUAUCCUCUCACUGCGUUUGGCGUGCCGUGUCCACAACAGCCUCAGCAAGAGGCGGUGAAGUCGCCCAUUGUGCCCCCCUCAGUGAAAACCCCCACCCCCGAACCCGCGGAACUGGAGACCAGGAAGGUCCUUCAGAUGCAGUGCAAUAUUGAGCCUGUUGAUGAGGGCAGCAAACAUCAUCUGACCUUGUUGUUGAAACUUGAAGAUAAAUUGAACAGGCACUUGAGCUGUGAUUUGUUACCAAAUGAGAACGUGCAGGAGCUCGCUGUGGAACUCGUUCAGCUGGGCUUCAUCAGCGAGGGCGAUCAGCCGCGGCUCGCAUCCGUUCUGGAAGAGGCCUUCUCAAAGUUCUACAGCCGGAACGGUUCCCUCAAUCCCGUGACGGUCUCGUCGUAGCGGAGGACUCACUCGGCCUUCGGUCAGCCCUCCUCGUCCUCCACAACGGGACUAGCUUUUUGCUCCAACUCUGAGUUUGCAGGGAAGCUUUGUGAGGACGGAGGAGGAGGCCUUGUUCCGGUUGCAGAUCCUGCAACUUUCUUCUGGUGGGAAAAGCUGCCACUAAGUGGUUGUCGGGUUUUGUUUCUUUUUUUUUCUUCACCCAAUACAGCCAUCUGCUCCUCUUUUUAAAAGAAGAAACCAUAGUCUCAACUUAAUGGAAUAUACAAAUGUUUUCACUUUUUUGGCACUUCUGUCAUUCAGCUUUCAAGUAGUGAAGGAAGAGUUGAGCUACAUUAGGCUGCACGACAGCAGUAUUUUCUUUAAGUCAGUAUUAAAACUGUAUUUUAAACAAGUUUUACUUGAGUGUUCGAUAGUUGUCUAUAAAACUGGUCUUGGUCCCAGCAUACUGAAGUGUAUUAAGUGUUGUUAGGUGAAGUCUUGUGGUUCUUUAAACUUUCCCUCAGCAGCGAGUGGGGCAUCUUCCAACCUUCUAUCAAAGACUCUCCAAUGCAGCAGAUUCGUCACUACUACUUCAAAAUUAAACGCAGCUCAACACAAUUUGAAGAGCUGUAGCUAAAAUAUAUAUAUAAAAAAAAAUCAAACUAUUUAUUUGUACAUUUUUCUUUAGUACUGUAACACUUCCAGCAAUAAGGCCGGUGGUUGUUUAAAUCUAUGCUUUUGUUUGCUGCCCUUCUUUAAAUUGUUAUUUUGCUUCAAAAAGAGGGUUUCAUCAGUUGGCUGUGGUCCAACUGCUGCAGCAGCUGCUGUUUUUAGCACCAAUCAAUACGUUCGGAUCAAGCAAAGGUCGUCUUUAGCGACGUAUUACACCGCAAAGGUCGGUGGGAUUUACAUGGGGAUGGUUUUGCGUUUUAAGGCACAUCUGGUUUUCAAGAGGUUUAGUCAAUGCACAUAUGCUUUAGUGUGUCUGAAUACAAACUGAUGCAUGCAACAAGUUUCUGGGACUGGUUUCCCUCAUUUAAUGGGCAGUGGGUUAGAAAGUUGUGUAAAGGAUGUCAACGCUAUAACAUUUAGGUUGUGUGACUCUGACUCCUUAGUCUUCUUCAUGGCCGACAUUCUGCGUGACACCAGAUCUAAAACCAUAUCCCCACCAUAUAGAUAUUGGGCUCAGAAACACCCCCCCCCCCCUUAGUUUGCACUGCUGUACACUUUUAUAUCCUGUGGCUUCCUUGAAUUGGAAAUUACAUCGAGUCCACUCUGCUGUGACAUUACUUUUUGGGUCUGUAGAUACAAGCGUGGAAUAUUCUGCUCGUAACCAUCUUCACCCUCAGGGCUGGACACAGUGCUCUAUGACUGCAAUGCAUUUACACCCCUUUCACUUCCUGAAAUAAAUAUCUACACUUCA